AUGGACGACGAUUUCUCCCAAAACUCAACCCCAAAAUACAAAAAAUACUCUCCAUAUCAAGACCUUGCUCCAAACUCCCCUCACCUUAAGCUCUACAAUCUUCCUACCGCCCCCGAACACCUCUUCGAAGAACAAGCGUCACGAACUCAUCGUAACGCCUUCGAAAACCUCACCUUCUACACUGGCACUUCCUACGUUACCGGUGCCGUAGUCGGCUCCGUUAAGGGUUCUUUUGAGGGACUCUCCGCAGCUCGAUACGGAGAGUCCCUCAAAAUCCGAAGCAACCGUGUGCUCAACAUGGGUGGUUUGAAGGGUAGAACUUUUGGUAAUGCAACUGGUGUUUUGGGUUUGUUGUAUGCUGGAAUGGAAUCUACUAUUAUUCAUAAUUUGGAUGUUGAUGAUGCUCGUGCUAGUGUGUUGGCGGGUGUCGGUACCGGAGCGGUUUAUCGUGUCGUAUCGGGUUUCCGGUCUGGCUUGAUCGGUGGUGUUGUUGGUGGUAUUGCUGUUGGUGCUGUUGUUUAUGGAAAGCCAUUGUUGAAAAGAUUUGCGCCUAAUCUGCCCAUCUGA